AUGGAGGAGUGCAGAACUGCAGUAUCAAGGGUGGACCUACAGACAGAGGAGGCCCUGCCUUCACCAAAGGAGCCUUCAUCCUUGCCCAGCUCAGUGGACAGCAGCGUCUACCUGCAGACACCACUGCACAUGACGAUUGCCUACAAUCAUCCAGAUGUGGUGUCUGUCAUCCUGGAGCAAAAAGCUAAUGCUCUUCACGCCACCAACAACCUGCAAAUUAUUCCAGACUUCAGCCUCAAGGAUUCCCGAGACCAAACUGUGCUGGGCCUGGCAUUAUGGACUGGCAUGCACACAACCGCAGCCCAGCUGCUGGGCUCCGGGGCUUGCAUCAACGACACCAUGUCAGAUGGGCAGACCUUGCUGCGCGUGGCCAUGCAGCGGCAGGACAGCAAGAGCGUGCUCUUUCUCCUGGAGCACCAGGCAGACAUAAACGUCAGGACUCAGGAUGGGGAGACGGCUCUUCAGCUGGCCAUCAGAAAUCAGGUUCCCCUUGUCGUGGAUGCCGUAUGCACCCGAGGAGCUGACACGUCUGUGCCAGAUGAGAAGGGGAACUCACCACUGGGGCUCGCGCUGGCAAAUAAUCUGGAGGACAUCGCAUCCACUCUGGUCAGAUGUGGUUGUGAUGCCACGUGCUGGGGCCCAGGACCUAGUGGGUGCCUUCAGACACUGCUGCAGAGAGCCAUUGAUGAAAACAACGAGUCCAUCGCCUGCUUUCUUAUUCGCAGUGGCUGCGAUGUGAAUAGUCCCAGACAACGUGGUGCUAAUGGAGAAGGAAAGGAAGAGGCCAGAGAUGGGCAGACCCCCUUGCAUUUGGCAGCCUCCUGGGGGCUGGAAGAGAGGAUACAGUGUCUUCUGGAGUUUGAUGCCACUGUAAAUGCACAGGCUGCAGAAGGAAGAGCGCCUGUCCAUGUGGCCAUCAGCAGCCAACAUGGCAUCAUCAUUCAGCUGCUGAUUUCCCACCCUGACAUCCACCUGCAUGUCCGAGACAGGCAGGGCCUGACCCCCUUUGCCUGUGCCAUGACCUACAAGAACAACAAGGUGGCCGAGGCCAUCCUGAAACGAGAGUCCAGGGCUGCUGAGCCGGUGGAUAGCAAGGGCUGGAAUUUUCUUCACGUGGCAGUUCAGAACUCUGAUAUCGAAAGUGUGCUGUUCCUGAUCAGUGUCCAGGCUAACGUGAAUUCCAGAGUCCAGGAUGCUUCCCAGUUGACCCCUUUGCACCUUGCAUUCCAAGCAGGCUCAGAAAUUAAUAUAAAUAUUGUUGAGUAG